AUGGCAAUGCCACGGCGUCCAGAGCCACGUCCAGGGGCGUCGGCUAUUGAUCUUGCAAUGGUAGCGAUAGGUUCAAUUGUGGCAACUUUUGUAUUCAUGCGGUUUUUCGGAGAAAAAAUUCCAACCGGUCCAAGUGUGCAUAUGGAUCCUGGUUAUAACCAUAGUAAGCUCUACAUACCUCGAAACCUAGCGAAUGGAGCGGUA